AUGACGGAUCAGCUGAAGAGUAAGUACAAAAUUCUCAAAGAGAUCGGUCAAGGUGGAUUCUCACGUGUUUAUCUUGGUGAGAGCUUGAAAGACCAGAAAAAAGUUGCUAUUAAAGUAAUUUCGAAAACAAAUGAUUUAUGUGAGAUGAAAGAUAUUCAAAAAGAGAUCAAAAUUCAGAAGCAAUUCGAAUCACCUUACAUUGUUACCUUUUAUGACAUGUAUGAAACAAAGAAAGAAAUUGUUAUCGUCAUGGAAUACGUCAACGGCGGCGAGCUAUUUGAUCAUAUUGUCCAAAAAGGUAGCUUUACAGAGCAAGAAGCUGCUAAUAUUAUCCAGCAAGUUUUGAUCGGACUCAAAGUUUUACACGAAAAGAAGGUUAUCCAUCGCGAUCUAAAGCCAGAAAAUUUACUUUUAUUUAUUGAUGAGAAAGGAAAUACUACAGUCAAGAUUGCAGACUUCGGACUUAGUGGAUUAAUCGAUAAUUCAGAAGAUAUGAAGAGAUUCUGUGGAACAGAAGGAUAUGCAGCUCCUGAAAUCAUGAAAAAUGUUCCUUAUGACUGGUCUGUUGAUGUUUGGUCCCUUGGAGUAAUCGUUUACAACUUAGUCAGUGGUUACAAGCCAUUUGACUCUGAUGAUGAUUAUGAAUUAUAUGAACAAGUCGUUGCCGCUGAUUACGAGUUCUUUUCUCCUGAAUUCGACUGCAUUUCUGACGAAUGCAAAGAUUUCAUCACACAUAUGCUUCAAGCAAAGGCUAAGGAUCGUUACACUGUUGAGAUGCUUUUAGAGCACCCUUGGAUCAAAGGUAACGCUCCUAAGGUUGAAAUUACAGAUCUUCAGUCACAUCUUCGUGAAUUCAAUGCUAAGAGGAAGCUUCGUAGAGCGCUUCUUGCCGCAAAGUCGGCUGUAAAAUUUGCUGCAUUCGCAGGAGAGGAUUAA